CCCCUUUAAAAGGCCAUGUGUUACUUUACUUCACAGCAAAACCUUAAAAAUUGCAGAGUAAAAAAGGCCCAACAAUGGUGAAUGUCUCUCUCUCCAAUGACAAACUUCCCCAAUUUUUCAAAGUCUUCAUCCCCAAAUUCAGUUCUAAGCACAUGUUGAUCCCACCAGAUUUUGUUCAGAGAUUCAUUUCAAGGGUUCCAAAGAAAGUAAUUAUAAGACACACAAAUGGGAAAUGUUGGGUGGUAGCUUUGGGUAUGAGUUUGGAAAAAGAUUUGUACUUUGAGAAUGGUUGGGAAGAAUUUGUUAGAGACCAAAUGCUCAAUUAUGGGGAUUCUCUUGUGUUCAAAUAUCAUGGGCAUUCUUUAUUUGAGGUUGAUAUUUUUGGUCAAAAUGGAUGCAUGAAAGGAAUUGGUGUACCUUCUAAAAUGAUGGGUAAAAAGGAAGAAGAGACAUUGAAGAAGGAAGAGCUUUUAGACUCUUACAUGCAUGCCCACAAUGAGGAGAUUAGCAUUAAUGGAUCAACAAAGAAAUCAAGUUCAUCUACAAAACAUGUUCCAAUGAAGAAGAAUCCAUGUUUUGUAGCAACUAUUGGAAAUUCAAAAAUCCACUCAUACAUGUUGUACAUUCCUCAACCAGUGCACAAUGGAGUCAAGUUCAACCCUAAUACGAAGCUUCGAUAUCACAACAACAAAUUAUGGCCUGUGAGGAUCUCGAACUGGAAAGACGGACGUUGUUUUCUAGCAGCUGGUUGGAGAAGAUUCCGAGAAGAGAAUGAUUUAAAGGCAAACGAUAAAUAUGUAUUUGUGCUUGUUCUUGGCAAAGAAAAUGAAUGUGAAGAAAUCAAAGUUACACGCCAAUCGAAGAUGCAAUAACGCAAGAAAAGGAAGCCAUGAAUUCACUCGUUCAAGCUAAUAGCCAAAAACUCUCUUUUGAGACAUGUGUGGUGUUUUUGUUCAUGUAGUUUUUUUGAAGUAAUCCUUCAAAAAUAGGCACUAAAAGAUUGGUGACUUUUGUUUGCUAGAUAGUUGUGUAAUCUAUGUAGUAAGAAAUAUUGAGUAUGUUAAUGCAAAAGCAUAAGAUAGGGUUUUACUGGGA